AUGAUCACAAUGAGGUUCCUUCUUCCGUUCGUAUUUCUAUUCGCUACCGUUCAAGCAGGUUUUUUUUAAAGUUUUUGUCAUACGGAAGAAAAAAAAAUGAUGAUUCUUUUUUUUCCUGAUGUCUCAUCAUAACUUUCUAUCAGAUAGCUGUGACCUGACAAAGGAGCCCAAAACCUGGGCUUCAAUUUAUGCUCACAACGUCGUCUCAUAUGCCAUUCAGACGCCUGUGAAAUAUCCGGAGCACACUUUUUGUUACCAGGUCUACCCAGUUGAAACUUUACUGACACUGAGACGAAAGAGUUCAGAAUGACAUGUCGAGCAAAACGAUCACAGUUCAUUCGCAUGUUCACAUCGCCCGAAAUAAUAUGGUCUACAACGACACUGUCACUACCGCCCCUCCCAGUGAGUCUCGGCGAGGAUUUAAGAAAGAAGCUUACUUAAUUAUUUAUUUUAAUAUAAAAAAGGCCGAUGGGGAAAAUUCCAGAAUCGCCCCCCACACUGUUUUUGCCCCCCCGCGUUCCAACAAGCCCCCACCAAGCCAAGUUCCGAUCUGUGGGGGGUAAAAAUAGGAGGACUUCAUGUGGGGGAAGAAUCGAACGCGGGGGGUGAAUAUGUAUUCUAGAAUGGCCCCCCACAGUACAAAAACAGGGGGGCGAUUCUGAAAAUGCCUAGGCAAUCUUUCAUAUUUGCCCCCCGCACGGCUUUGAAAUAGUCCCCCAGAGCUCAUUCGAACAAGCCCCCUCCCAUUUCAGAAUGACCCCCUCUCAUUUCAGAAUGGCCCCCUCCAUUUCAGAAUGGCCCCCUCCCAUUUCAGAAUGGCCCCCUCUAUUUCAGAAUGACCCCCUCUAUGUCAAGUAUUUUAUUUAUUUGACGAAUUGUUCACUGUGGCUCAGUUUUUUUUCGAAGCGAGCCACAGUCGGCUUCGCGCUAUGCGCGCUCCGCCUCCGUGUGAAGCCUUAAAAACUAAGCCUAUUUUUCCUAAGUAAUUUAUUAAUUAAUGUGCAUGAAAAGAAAAAAAGCAAAAAAAUUCUAUUCCUCAGAACAAUUACUUUAUUGAAAAACUAAUAAAGUUCAUCUUAAAUUUUUCUAAGUGGUCAGAGCCCCAUAAUUUUAUGAUAUUCGUACGUAUCUCGGCGAGACGUACCCGUAAACUUCUUUGUCUGACUUGAACUUCUCAUGAAACUCGGUCAGCGACCUAAUUUCUUCCAUGGUCUAAAAAACAAAUGACAAAAAAUAUUAAAUUCACAAAAAGAACACGAAUUUACAUGUGAAAAUACAAAAAAAAAACCAUUUGAAACAACCAAGAACGACGAAUGAUACGAAAAAAUUAGAAAAUAAAUUUAAAAAUGGAAGCUCUGACACGUGUCCUGCGUGAUCGUUGCGUGCUUUUUUUUUCGGUGUGGGGGGUUAUACUGGAUAGUUCCGGGGGGCUAUAUUGGAUAAGUGUGGGGGCUUGUUCGAACGUGUCGCGGGGGGUGAUAUCCAACAUAUGCGGGGGGCUAUACUGUAAACUCGGCGAGGAUUUAAGAAAGAAGCUUACUUAAUUAUUUAUUUUAAUAUAAAAAAGGCCGAUGGAAAGGAUUUUUUGAAUGCGAUUCUCACUGGGCUGAAGCUAUGAGACAUUUUUAAUUUUCACCACUCUCCUCACAAAGGCUCUUCCCGAGACUUUUUAUCCCAAGGUUUUGACCCUUCCUUAUUCACCUUUCUGCAGGCGUCUCCAACUGCGCCAACUUCAAUUCGCAGCUCGUUUACUGCAAAAAUCACUGCAUCGACACCCCCGUUUUGAAAGCGAUGAUCGAUAUUGCGGUCAACAACAGCCUGCCUUCGGCAGUUUCAAGCGGGGUCUAACUGACAUGAGAAGUGCAAAAAGUGGUGGUUCUUCGAUAAAUGAUUGUACAAAGAAACUUUUGGAUAUGCUGAUUCAGACCUCACCAGAAAGUGCAAGUUUCGCUUUUUGGUAGAGUUUUCUUUACAAUGUAAUGGUACUGUUCGAAUUUUAAGGUAAAAAAGCUUGACAGACAAAAUUCGCAUUUUUCAAUGAUUUCAAGAAAGUUUCAUCGACAACUUUGAUCACCAUUUUUUGCACUUUCCCUGUGAAACUAUGUGACCAGAGCUUUCAGAUUUACCAAGACAUGGGAGGUCCGCCAGACUGGACCGUGUCCACAUUCCAAGUGGACCCAUCACCAGCCAACCUUGAAAUAGACUACGAAUAUUACAGCGAUCGACGCUUCUGUGCGGUCCAACUCAAGGUGCAAGACAAAAAGAUAGUUGGAUCAUAAAAAGUUUAACAUUUUAGGCGAACAACACUCCUUACUCCCUGCUCAUAAUCGCUGCGGAAUUUUAUCUUUAUUGA